CCAGACGACAAGUGCCUCAAUUUCUGCCGCAGGCAUGGUGAGCCGGGGACUCGUCUCUGCCAGUUGGCUCUCAGGAGCUCUGAAGGCCAAGAAGGCCCCAGCUCUGAGGGUGCUGGACACCACCUACUACUCCCCGGGAACUAAAGAUGCCAGGAAGGAGUUUGCAGAGAGACACAUUCCAGGAGCCUCAUUCUUUGACUUGGAGCACUGCAAGGACCAGGUAUCAGCGUAUGAAAUGAUGCUUCCCAGCCCGUCCCAAUUUUCCCAGUAUGUUGGUCAUCUUGGCAUCAGCAAUGAGAGUCACGUGGUGGUCUAUGACACAGACAGUUUGGGUAUGCUGUAUGCGCCACGGCUCUGGUGGAUGUUUCGUGUCUUAGGGCACAAUAAUGUGUCCGUUUUGGAUGGUGGCCUAACCAAGUGGCUAGAGCGUGGACUUCCAGUGACAUCUGAGGAUACACAGGUGGCGCCUCAGACCUUCCACGCUACAGUCAAUCAUUCCCUGCUGAAGACCUUCAAAGACAUUCAGGAGAACCUCAUCAGCCAGCAGUUCCAGCUGGUGGAUGCUCGUGUAGAAGGGAGGUACAGUGGCCAGGAGCCCAAGUCUGGAGAAGGGAUAGAGCCGGGACACAUUCCUGGGUCAGUCAAUCUCCCCUUUUCCGGCUUCCUGGAGGACGGAUACGAAAGACCGUCACAUGAGAUCAGACUCUUGUUUGAACAGAAGGGAAUUGACCUGACAAAGCCGCUGACCGCCAUGUGCCGCAGAGGGGUCACCGCUUGCCACCUGGCGUUGGCGUCGUUCUUGCUGGGAAAAGAGGACACCUCCAUCUAUGACGGCUCCUGGUCUGAAUGGUUCCAUCGGGCUAAACCGGAACACAAGGUCUUCCAGAAGAGGAAUAGGGCCUAAGAGAGGACGGCCUUCCUGACACUGCGGACAAUAUGGCGGACAGCGCUGCAAGAGCUGGGGAGGAAACAUUAUUAUAUUAGUGCUCGUUAUGUCUAAGCUCAGAGGAGAUGCAGCUAAUAUGCAGAGUUUGUGUAGUUGGGAUCUCGUUAGGGACGAGGAAUGUCUAAUAAAUGGUAAUAGGACGCAAGAAGGCUUAGACGCCACUGUACGUCCUGGUGACGGAGAUGCAUGGGUGCAUAGACCCCCCCGUCCGGUUGCCUGGAAACCCCCCUCUCUAGCCCACACCAUGACCACAAUAGCAAUUGUACGUAAUACAAUUUUACUAGAACUACAUGUUUUACACAUAAAUAAUUAGCUACACCGGUGGAUCUUUUACAAUGUAUCAGCCAGUUAUUAAUACAUGUGUGUGUGCACCAACCAGGAGAUCUGUAGAACAUGCAAUGCUAUAAACCAUCUAUAGGGUUAAUUAUUAACACUGUUAUGUGUAAAUAUAUGUCCAGGGCACUUCGAAGGCUCUUCUGCCCCAACCUUGCGGCAAUGCUCUGCAUUGGUGCCCACAUCUGAUAUACAGCAUUCAGCUCAGGCAGGGUGUCCCUACUGCCAUAUUUACUGGUGUAUGUAUAAUGGAUGCAGUGUGUACAGGGGGGCCCACACCACACAUGCUGCACCCCUCCGGAGUCCAGAGCCGACGACAGCAGCGCUGCAGAAAUCGCCAGGAAAAUGUCUGCCCCGCCAUUUUCCCAGAGAUCUGCGCAUGCGCAUUAGGGUCUGAGCACUCUAGCGCUCAGACUCUACAGCGCUGCUCCACUGCCGGGUGCCGCCAGAGAGGAGGGGGCUGCACACGGACCUCCUGCUCUCUUAAAGCGCCACUGGCCACAUCUAAUGGCUGACUGUGCCCGCUGGCCCUGUAUAUGUGGGCAGUAUGACAUGCAGUAUGACAUGCAGGUACAUUGCACCUUGUAUGUUGCAUGUUAUAGCUGCUGCAUGCUAAUUCUGCCCUUUCCAAAAUGUGGAAAAAGUGAAGCGCUGUGAAUAUUUUCACUGUACAUGUUAUGCUAUGCUCAAUGCCCACAGUAGUACCCCUUAUACAUGUUAUGCUACACAGUAGUACCUCUUAUACACAAUGCCCACAGUAGUACCCCUUAUACACAAUGCCCACAGUAGUACCCCUUAUACAUGUUAUGCUGCACAGUAGUACCUCUUAUACACAAUGCCCACAGUAGUACCCCUUAUACACAAUGCCCACAGUAGUACCCCUUAUACAUGUUAUGCUGCACAGUAGUACCUCUUAUACACAAUGCCCACAGUAGUACCCCUUAUACACAAUGCCCACAGUAGUACCUCUUAUACACAAUGCCCACAGUAGUACCCCUUAUACACAAUGCCCACAGUAGUACCUCUUAUACACAAUGCCCACAGUAGUACCCCUUAUACACAAUGCCCACAGUAGUACCCCUUAUACACAAUGUCCACAGUAGUACCCCUUAUACAUGUUAUGAACACAGUAGUACCUCUUAUACACAAUGCUCACAGUUGUACCCCUUAUACACAAUGCCCUCAGUAGAACCCCUUAUACACAGUAGCGCACAGUAGUACCUCUUAAACACAAUGCCCACAGUAGUACCUCUUAUACACAAUGCCCACAGUAGUACCCCUUAUACACGUUAUGCUACACAGUAGUACCUCUUAUACACAAUGCUCACAGUUGUACCCCUCAUACACAAUGCCCUCAGAAGAACCCAUUAUACACAGUAGCGCACAGUAGUACCUCUUAUACACAACAGCCCACAGUAGUACAUCUUAUACAUUAUGCCUUAAAGGCAGUAAAGGCCCCUGGGAAAAGCAAUGUACAGGGGUCUCUACCCUAUCGGCAGCAACUGUGAUGUUCGGGAGAGGAAGGGGGUAAGGGUCAAAUGCAGGAUUGCAGGGAGGGAGUUUCCAGAUAUGCAAGAUUAAAAUAUGGAAUUGUUUUCUUUCUUUCUUUUCUUUUUUUAAAGACUAUCACCUUAUCCUGCGCUUUUAACUAAAAAAUGGCUGCACCCCUCCAUGUAUCCUCUGUUAGAAGGACGCCCCGGCGUUUCUACAUGUACUGUAUAUGUAACAUGAUACUGGAAUUAAACGUAUGACGUGUCGGAUUAUAAUCAAUGCUCCUUCUGAGGCUUUUUUUACAAUUCACUAUUUUCUAUAAUAAUAUUAUUACUGUGUAUAUGAAAUAACCGUAUUGUUGAUAACACCAAUGACUUUGUCAAUUACACAAUUAUAAUCUACCAAUAAGUAUCUUAAAAAUGUA